UCUGUGAGAGAUAAUAGUUGUUCAGAAAAACCAUAUCACAUCAGACAGGUAUACAAUCUAUAUGAGAAAGAUUGAAUUAACUUCUUAAAGUGAGCAAAUAGUGUUAAAAUGUCCGUUAAAGAGGAGAAGACGUUUGAUCUUGAUCUAUUGAUCCAGCAGAUAGGACCAUUUGGAAAGUUUCAGCUUAUAAACUACCUUCUAAUAUGCAUUCCGAUUGCCUACACUGCCAUGUACACUCUCAUCUUCGUUUUCACAGCUGGAAAUCUCGAAUAUCGAUGCCGAAUUCCAGGAUGUGAUUCUGAUAAUUCCAGUCUUCACGCUCCCUUCCUCAACUUUACAAUCCCUAAAAACGGAGAUAAGUUUUCCAUGUGCCAGAAAUUCCAUAAUGUUCCCAAUGCUACGAUAGAGGAUCAGUGUCAAGUAGAUCUCUUUGAUAGGAAUAGACUUGAAGACUGUUCACAAUUUGUGUAUCAAGAUGACGAGACGACGAUCCUCAGUGAAUGGGAUCUGGGAUGCAAUGAAGAGUGGAAGCUGUCCCUGGUUGGAACCAUUAAAAAUAUCGGACAGUUGGUAUGCCUACCACUGGCUGGUUACUUUUCAGAUAGGUUUGGGAGGCGACCAGCUUUUGUUGCAAGUUGUAUGUUUGCUGCUUUAUUUGGUGUUAUACAGUCUUUUUCAACUAGUUACCUAAUGUUCAUUAUCUGUGAAUUUCUGGAACCGCUAUUCAGUUCCGGAGUUUUCAAUGCUGGUUUUAUCCUCGGUAUGGAACUUGUGGGUCCUGAAAGAAGAGUUCUAGGAGCCUUUUUCAUAAACUGUUCUUUUGCUCUCGGUGAAGCACUACUAGGCCUUUUGGCAAUGCUUACAAGACACUGGAGACUCCUUCUAAUUGUUAGCUAUGCUCCUACAUUUGUAUUCGCUACCUACCAUUGGAUAAUUCCCGAAAGUGCCAGAUGGCUCCUAAAUAUGAACCGAACCAGGGAUGCAGCUAAGAUCAUCGAUUCAGCUGCGAAAAUGAAUAAGAGUCCCCUGACUCCAGAAGCCAGAAAGAUGCUAGACAAUGUUUUAAACGCCGAACCUGUGGUUGAAGAAAAGAAUGAUAAAAACAGGAAAAAGGAGCCUAAAAAUGAAUACAACUUGUUAUCAGUAUUCAAAUCUAGAACCCUGCUUUUAAGGAUUCUCAACUGUUCGUUCUGUUGGGCAGCUACAUGUUUCGUCUACAACGGAUUGAGCAUGAGCUCAGUAUUCGUAGCUGGAAACAAAUAUAUUAAUUUUAUUCUCAACUGCUUUAUUGAGAUUCCAGGGGCAGGUCUCUGUUGUUUCCUUAUGGAGAGGAUUGGAAGACGGAAAGUACUGUGUCUUAGUUUAGUUCUGAGUGGAUCUUGCUGCAUAGCCUACAUUUUCUUAGCAGAUGCUCCUGAAGGGGCUCAGCUGGCAGUAUUCCUCAUUAGCAAAUCAGCAGUAACAAUGUCUUAUAUUACAAUGUACGUAUAUACAACUGAACUAUUUCCAACAGAACUAAGGCAAACGCUCCUGUCGGCUUGUGUGAUCUUCGGACGAAUAGGAUCCAUAGUGGCACCAUUCACAGUACUACUGGGAAAGUACUUUGAAUCUCUGGAAAUGAUCCUAUUUGCCGCUGUAGCCAUUCCUGGUGGUACCUUGAUACUCUUGGCUCCUGAAACACUCAAGACAACUCUUCCAGACACUGUCCAAGAGGCUGAAGACAUUGGAAAACCAUAGCAGGAUUUUAUCUUUUCCAGAAUUCUAUUCGUUUUGACUAGUGAUUCCAACAAUGGUUAACCGGGUUCGAAAAACCGGCUAACCGCCCUAUUUUGGAAACGGUUUUUAAACCGGUUUUUAGAGAUGAAACCGGUUAAAAACCGUCUCCUUCCAAAAAUUUUAAAAUUUCUCUUAAUUAGUUUAUUUCUUGAAAAUCCUGCAAAAUAUUUCCUUGACUUUACAAGGGCAUCUGAAGUGCAAUAGGAUUCCAAGUGUAGUCGGUAGUAUGCCAGUAUGUUAUAAUAUAUGAAGGAUAGUAUUUAAUAAUGGGUCUUCUGUACGUUUCUUCCACUCUUGAAAGAAUUAUUUGCUUAAAGAUUAUUGGAAAUUACAUCAAGAUUUCUUCACUUGAAAAUAUAUUAAAUAUUACAAGACUAAAAAUCAAUUAUAUACUGAGAAAAUAUUUGUAAACGAUUUAGUACAAUCUUGUAAAAUAUUGUUUUAUGUGGAAAAGUCACAAGAUAUUUACCGCUCCAUGUCUUCAUAGGGAUUUUUAUUGAAUCUUGCUAUAUUUUAAUUCAACUACAUCUUAUUAGAUCCAAUUUCACCAAGAUUGUUACACACGAUUCUUGUAAAAUUUUUGCCAAAAUCUGGUAUUUAUUAGUUUCUCAACCAAUGGAGUGAGAAACAACAAGGGUUUCCUUUUAUAGUAAUUUCUUUUUUUUUUCAAAAUGCCUAUGGAAUUUUUUCUAUCAAAUUAUUUGUGAAUUUUGUGUAAAUUAUAAUCAUAAUUUUCAUGAUAUUAUAAUACAAAAAAAUAAAAAUUAUGCAUCGAUGUGUUUUCUGUAGAGAAUGAUCUAAAAAAAAUUGACUUUAGAAACCAUUCCCGAUCGAAAAAUCUGGAUUUUUUUUUUUGGAAAAAAGAAUUAUUUUGACAAUAAUUUUACAAGGUAUUACAAAAAAAACUGCAGCGAAUAUAAGGUAGCGAUAAAUCUUGGUACUAUCCUUCCAAUAUUCUUUUUUUUAUAUUUUUGCGAAUAUUAUUUUUCUUUCACGAUUUAAAUUUUCUAAACUUAAGUUUAAUAAGAUUUAACUAGUUAUAGGGUAAGUGUGUCAAAUUUCGGCAUAGUUGCAUGCAAGCGCCAAAGUCUCAAGUUUGAAAUGUUAUCUUUAAUAGAAAUUGAUUUUUUUUUCAUUCCUUAUACUUUAGGAGUGUUGCUUAGAACCUUGUAGACAGUUUAUCGUCUUUAUUUACUCUAAAAUCAUUCUGAAUACAUUUUAAAAUGAAUAAAAAUGUAGACAUAGCUUUGGUGCCCUAUUUGGGCCACCUUCAUUCUCAUAGAUCCUUGCCUUUCGGGAAUUCUUCCAAUGUCUUUUUUCACGUCAUCUCGUUUGUCAAAGCUACAUUUUUUGUUAUUCUUUUGCAUUGUAAAAACUAAAAAAUCAUGGAAAUUUGAGGAACAAAAAAGGUGGCCGUAAUUUGGCACACUUACCUUAGGAUUUUAAAAAUAAAGAGGAAAACUCUUUCGGUUUGUUCGUUAAAAAGUUUUCUAUAUUUUUUUUCAUUUACCAAGAUAUAAUAAUAAAAUUUUUAAGUACUUCCUCAUUAAAGAUUGUCAAACAUGACAAUGUUUAUAACCAAUUUAUUAGAAAAAUAAAUUGUGUGAAAAACUAGUUAUUUUUAUGGAAAUCUACAUUUCAUUAGCUUCUCCACGGUACAAUAUUAUUGGUAAAACUCCAAGUAAUUUUCCUGCAAUCUGAAAUUUUCUGAAUUAUUUUAAAUACAAAAUCAAGCAAUAAAAUAAAUAAGUUCUAAACUAACUGAGAAAAAGAAUAUAUUAAUGUGUUAAAUAUUACAUCAAAGUUAAAGUUCUGAAAAAUUGCUCAAAAUUCCAUAAUCUAAUCCUAAAUUUGAAACCGGUUUAAAACCUGUUAACCGGUUUCAG